CGUGAUUUGACGUCACAUAUUUGAAAUUCAACAUGGCGGACAAAAGUCAACCUAGUUAUUGAACAGAUUGAAGGCAGGUUUUGAGAAGGGUGCUACAUUUAUUGCAUUUAGAUACAACAGCAACACAUUCCCUGGCACAAGGUCAGGAAGCAAGAAUGGCAACUCUUACAGACUUUCUGCCAAAUGUCACGACACAGGACACCAAAAAGCGACAGCAGUGCUAUGAGACACUUUCUCGCUAUCUGAGUGACCCUCGGAGUUCGCUAGAGUGUGAUGAUAACGAUGCAUUUAUGACUGGGCUGGCAGCAUGGGUCACCUGCAGCAACUUCAAGAUAUCUAUGAAUGGUCUGGAGAUCCUCAGUCUAAUUAUUGAUCGUAUGGGAGAGGAUUUCAGGAACUAUGUCACCACAGUUCUUCCAGCUAUAGUAGAUCGCCUAGGAGAUUCUAAAGAUCAGGUGCGAGAGCUAGCUCAGCAGGUCCUUCUUAAGUUGAUGAUGCCAGCUUCAAAUCCACAGUAUGUAUUUGAAAGGAUGAUGAACACAUUCACACACAAACUGUGGCAUGUGAGAGAGGGCGUGCUACUAUGCCUGCAGCAGACAAUAAACAGAUAUGGAGCUAGGUGCCUGACGCUGUCCAAAAUAGUCCCCUCCAUCUGCAAGCUGUUAGAGGACCCCACUCCGCAGGUUCGUGAAGAGGCUGUGAACACAUUGGCUGAAAUAUACCGACAUGUUGGGGAGAAAGUGCGCACAGAUCUUAGCAAGAAAGGAAUAUCCCAACAAAGAUUGACCCAGGUGUUUGCCAAGUUUGACGAGGUAAAAAUGUCAGGCAACAUGCUGGCCACUGCAGACUUAGGCCCUGGACGGGUUGAGCGUGCGGAGGACGAGAUGGACUUUGCGCGCCCCAGUUCCACAAAGGUGCUGAAGAGCAAGCGAGCGCCUAGCUCGGCCAGUUCAGUUACUUCCACAGGGUCUCUGGGUAGGAAUAGCGGUGUGGCACUCACUAAGUCUGCAUCCACAACAGCUUCCCGACUGUCAUUUCGGAGGAAAUCAACCGAGGCAGCAGGGUCCACUGCGGGAGCUGUGGAUGAGGAUUUCUUUGUGAGAUCCUUUGAGGAUGUAAAUAAAGUACAGAUUUUCUCAGCGCGAGACAUGACAGACCAGCUGAACAAAUGCAGGGACCAGCUUGCAGACACCAAUGUUGCUUGGGAGAAACGGGUUGAGGCUCUGAAGACCGUGCGAGGUGUAGUGAUAGCGGGUGGAGCUGAAUAUGAUGAUUUCUACCCUUUCCUGCGCGUUCUGGAGCCAUGUUUUAUGAACUGUAUAAAGGACCUUCGGUCUCAAGUCGUGCGGGAAGCUUGUAUCUCUGUUGCGUACUACGCCCAGAGGUUGGCAAACAAGUUUGACCACAGCGCCGAGACGCUGUUACCUGUGCUCAUCAAUCUCAUUCCAAACAGUGCCAAGGUGAUGUCCACUUCGGGUUUGACAUGCAUCAGGUUCAUACUACAGCAUACAUUUGCAUCACGCCUCAUUCCUAUCAUUACCACCAACCAGACAUCAAAGGCCAGUAUCAUUAGAAGAGUCUGCUUUGAGUUCAUGAACCAGGUGCUUCACACCUGGCCUACACACAUCCUAGAGAAGCACAUCGCCAUCUUGCAGGAGGCCAUCAAGAAAGGCAUCAGUGAUGCAGACUCAGAGGCAAGAUCGUUUGCACGCAAGUCAUUCUGGGGUUUUGCUGAGCAUUUCAAGGACCAGGCUGACGCUCUGUUGAAUCACCUUGACCCUGCUAAACAGAAGGCCCUGCAGGGGGAGCUCAGCAAUUCCUCGAGCAGUAAUUCUAUAAAUAGCGGGGGUGAGAAGGCGCCCAUGACGGCCGGGAGAGUGCGGGUGCGAUCAGCUAGUCAGGACCGAGGAUACGAGUCUAGCACCCUAGGGCGAGUGGGCUCCAAAAGCAGCCAUCAGAGGUUCCGGUCAGUGCAUAGUGAUACUGGAGGGGACCUCGAUAAUGAGGACAUUGAUGGCAACAUUGAAGCAGAUUUAGAAACAUUUAAUGAUCAUUCAAUGGGUACCCAGAGCAACGGAAUGCUGCGCUCAAAUAGCGCUGUUGAUAUUGCUCAUGGUGCGAGCUCGUCGGCCGGCAACGCUAGAAGGCGGUCAUCGUCGACUCUCCUAGCGUCGCGGCUCACUAACGGAUCCACUCAGUCAUUACCAAGACAGAAAUCGCGAUAUGACCAUGUCGUAUCAUCAUAUUCACAAAGUCGUGUUUCACCUCAUGUUGACAACAGCAAUCGAACUAGAACCAACCUUAGAACGUCCCAAUCUCAGCCCAGCAGUCGUUCAAGCUCCCCGACCCCCCGGGGCAGCUACCUGACCCACACUACAGGUCACGCCGCCCCGCUAACACCUGGGAGACCCCGCAAAUCCUCCACCUUGUCCAACCCUCGCAGUCAGGGCACUAGCAGGGAGACCAGUCCCUCUAGGACGUCAGUGAAGAGCUCUGGAUACGGUCGUGAGCGUAGAACAAGCGGCAGUAGCAGUACUACUGCGAGUGCAAAGCCUGGGGUCACUGGAGUCACCGUGGUGAAGACACUGAAGCCAGGCCAAGAUGUGGAGGACCUUCUGGCAGAUGCUCUGCGUGUUCCAAUGCGUAAGCGUUACGAGAGCUAUGACUCAGAUGAGAAUGCCAGUGAGACGUCAAGUGUUUGUUCAGAGAGGUCGUUCAGUUCCUACAGCAAAACUUCUGAGCCUAGAACAAAGGAUAUGGGUGAAAUUCUAACUUUGUUACAAAGCAGUUCCUACCAAGAUAGAAAGGAAGGAGUCAUCAGCCUGACAAAAUUGUUACGGCAAAAUAGAACAUUGACGCGGAUAGAAUUGAAAAAAGCCACCGAAAUAUUUACUAGAAUGUUCCAUGAUCCCCAUAGUAAAGUGUUCAGUUUAUUCCUGGAUAUGUUGCAAGACCUCAUCACAGGGCACAGUCGAGACAUGACUGACUGGUUGUAUGUAUUGUUGUCACGGUUACUCAACAAGCUGGGAGCAGACAUCCUUGGUUCCCUGCAAGCCAAAGUACAGCGAGCUCUAGAUGCCACCAGAGAAUGCUUCCCAUGUGAUCUGCAGUUCAACAUUUUGACGAGAUUCAUCAUAGACCAGACCCAGUCACCCAGUCUGAAGACCCAUGGACUGGCAAAAGGAUCUGUGAAGCUGGCUAUGUUGAACUACCUGAACUCACUUGUGCCAUGCAUGGACCCGUCCGACUUCACAAACUCAAGCGACACACGAUUGGUUGUCUCUCGUGUGAUCACAUGGACUAACGAGCCCAAGAAUACCGACGUGCGUAAGGCGGCCCAGUCUGUGCUCAUCUGCCUUUUCAACCUGAACCCACCAGAGUUCUCCAUGCUUCUUUCUGGACUGCCAAAAGCUUUCCAGGAUGGCGCGACUAAGAUCCUGCAGAUGCACCUAAAGGGAGGUGUGGGGCACGAGCCUGACGUGCUGACCCCCAGGAACACGGCCAGCCCCCAGACCACUGGCCAGAACAGGAGCAGACCCCCCUCCAGAGGGCCAUAUGGGCGCGACGAAGCAGACACAGAGAACAUGAAUCCUGAAGACAUUUAUAACUCAUUUAAAAAGACCACCGCAGAAAUACAAAAUCUCAGUUUUAAUAGUAAAUUGGACAAUUUUGACGAAGUGAAAAAGCGCAAGGACUUCACAUCACAGGAUAGUGGCAUUCAGGACCUAAGGAACGACAGUCCCGAUGCUGGGGAGACCAAGAAGACUCAGGCGUACAACCCGUCACACUAUCAGGAAGAGAACAUGAUCAAUGGCUACAACAGAUCCAACCAGGCAGAAGCAUUCUUUGCAGAGAAUGAUAUAGCAUUCAAUGAAGACGCUUGCCGGUCCCUGCUGGGCUUGAAAAUCAAUAGUUAUGGAAAUCUGGAUCAAGAGGAACUGAUCACCGAAAUUCUCCGUGAGCUUUCCAACCACAACGAGAGACAUGAGGAACGGAAGAGCACAAUGCUGUCCUUGAUCAAGCUGACUCGAGAAAACACGUUUGAGCUCUGGAACGACCAUUUCAAGAGCGUCCUCCUUAUCUUGCUGGAAACACUCGGUGAUGAUGAUCUUCAGGUGCGGUCCCUCGCACUGCGUGUGCUGAGAGAGAUAGUGCGUAACCAGGCCCCUCGCUUCAAGGAUUAUGCAGAGCUCACCAUGCUGCGAAUACUGGAUGCACACAAGGACCCGGCAAAAGACGUGGUGCGUGCUGCGGAGGAGUGUGCAGCUACGCUGGCAACCUUCAUCCCAGCACCCCAGAGCAUCCGUAUACUGGUGCCCAUCAUCCAGUCAGCCGGCAUGCCCAUCAACCAGGCCGCCAUCAAGAUGCAGACCCGCGUCGUUGAGCAGAUGUCUGCCAAGGACCUUGAGCCUCUGCUGCCAGAGAUCAUACCUGGCCUGCUCAAGGGCUAUGAUGAUAGUGAGAGCAGUGUGCGCAAGGCCAGUGUGUUCUGUCUGGUGGCCGUCUACAUGGUGGUGGGGGAACACCUGAGGAACUACCUAUCAGAUCUGAAUGGAAGCAAGAUUAAAUUGUUGAAUUUGUACAUCAAGCGAGCCCAGGCACAGAAGGACAGUGGCAAGGUCUUAUCUCCACACCUGUCAGACACCUCGUGAUAGCUAACCAAUCAUAGCCUUGAUAACAAAUUUGUACUUGAGAACUCGCCAAUCAAAAUUGGUGUUACAUUCUGACAAUUGUAGACUAAUGCAUUGUGCGAUAUUAUGUGAUAUGGGUAUUAGAAUAUUUAUGGUAGCAUUUGCUUAUUGGCUUUAGGGUAGAAGGAUUUUGAUGUGAAAAAAAGAGAUGAUUUACGGAAAAAAUAUCUCGUCUACUGCAUAGGUUGAAUGCACAAUCCUAGUUUGGCAGUAAACAGUAUGUUGAAAAAAUCACUGAGAUUAAUUAAAAGUAUGUUAGAACCCUGUGUAUCAAUUUGGUACGUUUAAAGGUCAAUUAUUGUAAAUGUCUAAAGUAUAUGGCGUAUGUAUUUUGUAUUGGCAGUUUAUAAACGUUUGUGCAGUUUAGUAUACAUUUUGACUUCUAAACAACACUUUCUUUGAAGUUUAAAAAAGGAUGUCCAUUCCAUAUAAUUAAAACUGUUUCUUCAUCAUUCAAAUAACUUUAUUAUUAUUUAAAUUUGCAUUAAUUUUUAAAAGCUUUUUUUAAUUUAAUACAAUUAUAUUGUAUAAAAUGACGUUGUUGUGCUUUUCCAGUACAAUGCAUAUUGAUUCAUGUUGCAUUUAGUGUGUUGCGCUAUAUCUGGACCUGUACAGAGGUAUAUCUGUAGAUAGCACAUGUAUUUUUCACUCAUUUAGUUUGCCAUUCUUGUGAUCCUUUCAGCAUAAUCAGUCAUCUGUAUUUCUCCCACUGUGGUUGUAUCUUGGGAUUUAAUAAUUGUGAUUGAUCUUAUUUUUUUGUACUGGUUGAACAACCCAGUGCAAAUGUUUGGCAGUUCUCCAAAGGUCUUGUUUAGCUGCCUCACAUCCACUCUCCAUUGCUGUUUCACAGUCCACUGUCCCGUUAAGCUUUGCCCAGUGUCUCUACAAAAAAUGUGUUCAAAAAUAUAAUGGCGGAAUUCAUCAUAAAAUACCAGUAAAGUGUGUAUUUGCAUCAUGUAUACAAAGUGUAAAAGGAUAUGAGCCCAGUAUCAGAUGCUGUGCCUAUGUAGCUUUGCACAUACAGUCAGCAGAGCAAUGUAAUAUCUAAUAAUCAAUGUUGAUGUAUGUCUGAAAAAGUGUUUUUUAAUAAAGAUUGCUGUUCUUGCUAUGGCUUCACAAAUCUAUCAUAGGUACAAUACCUUGCAUGUACAUGAAGGGCUUGAAAGCUGGUGAAGCAAUCGGAUUAUCAAAUAAUUAAAUGAUGAUAUUGUUUGCUCCUUUUACCUAAAUGUCAACAUUUUGAUAAAGUGUUUGGUUCACCAGUAUUUAUCGUAGUUUGCAUGUUGUGUAAAAAAAAGAUCAGUUCCUAUUUUCAUAAAUGUAUCGAUGAAAUUUCCACAGUUUUAGUAUCAUCUUCCUAUCAAUUUUUAACGGUGUAUAUAUUCUAGACUUUUAGCUCAAUAUUAAUCUGUUUUAAACUAAUGUUUGUUUAUAUAAACUCAAUAAAUAUGUAAUUGGUACUGUAAUUUAUUGUGGCAGAAAAUACAGAAUAUCAGACAUUCUAUGUACAUAUGCAUUGUUGUAAUCCAUCAUCUCAUUCAGCUGUGUACUGAAAAGUGAGGAUAAGGUAUGGUUUUACUCUUGAUGAACAUAAAAAAUAGGUUAACACUUUACCACUUUGAUACGUAUUUUGAUGCAUUUGUAGUCCCUUAGAAAGUUGAAUUUAAUUUUAGACCUUUCUUACAAGAUUCAAGUUUUCAAGGCUUUAUUUCCAACCCUUAGAUACUGAUGAGCAGCAAACAGCAUAAAACCUGAACAGACUGCGAGUUACUCGCAGGCUGUUCUGGUUUUAUGCUGCUUGCACGUAGCCAUUUUAACUUUGCUUCUGAGUGGAUAAGGGUUAAAAUUUUGUAAUUGGAUCUAGAAUAAUGCAAUUCAUUGUCAGUGUUGUUCCUGAGCUAGCUUCAGUACAUUUCCCAACCUCUUCUGAUGCAGUGUCUAAAUCCGCCCCUAUCUUCAUUUCCACCUCAUCCAGCAUUAAUAAAUAGGAGACUUAGGUUUGGUGGUUUUAAUCAAUACAUUACCAGUAUAUAAUGUGUAACACAAUUUUCAGCUUCAAUAUAAUAUUAUUUUUUCUAUAGUAAAUAGUCGCCAUUUUUUUAGCUCGACUGUAGUGGAGCUAUGCUACUCACCCCGGCGUCAGCGUUUCCAUUUCCGUGCCGUUUGCGUUAGCGUGCAAAUGUUAAAGUUUGCGUACUACCCUGAAUAUUUCCUGUGUUCCUUGACAUAUUGCUUUCAUAUUUUGCAUACUUGUUUACCAUCAUGACCCCAACCUACAAACAAGAGCAGACAACUGUAUCAAGCAUUUUGACAGAAUUAUGGCCCCAUUUAUACUUAGAAUAUGCAUAUUAUUGAUAAAUCUAUGUUAAAGUUUGCGUACUACCCCAAAUAUUUCCUGUGUCCCUUGACAUAUUGCUUUCAUAUUUUGCAUACUUAUUUACCAACAUGACCCCAACCUAUAAACAAGAGCAGACAACUGUAUCAAGCAUUUUGACAGAAUUAUGGCCCCUUUUAUACUUAGAUAAUUGAACAUUUUGCUGAAAUUGCAAUAACUUCUUUAUUUAUGAUCAGAUUUUAUCAAUACUUUGACAAAACAACACUUACCUGAAUACCACAAUGGAUUCCACCCAAACAAAACUCCACGCCCCAACCCAGAAUCCCUGCCCCCACCCCCCAAAUUUUUUUUUUCCUUUAUUUUUAUUUUUGAAAGAUUGUCUAAUAAAUUAUUGAAUAUGACCAAUUUCCUCAUGAUGUCUUACGUUUUACUAUCAAGCACUCGAAUAGUCGAGCGCCCUGUCCUCUGACAGUUCUUGUUGAAAGAUCGUCUUAUAAAUGACCACACCCCACAUUUUACCCCCUCUCAACCAAGCCCCCUCCAAAAAAAAUAAAUUUUUUUUUUCCUUUUUUUAUUUUUAAAAGAUCGUCUAAAAAAUUAUUGAAUAUGAACAAUUUCCCCAUGAUGGCUUACGUUAUAUUGUCAAGCACUCAAUAAGUGGAGCGCGCUGUCCUCUGACAGCUCUUGUUCAUAUAACACCAGCAAAUGCAUUUUGAACCCAACUUGAUUCGUUUCAAUUUUUGUGCCAAUGGGUUGUCCACUUUUUUUUAGCUCACCUUGGCACAACGUGCUCAUGGUGAGCUUUUGUGAUCGCUUUUUGUGCGUCGUCCGUCAUCAACAUUUUGCCUUGUGAACACUCUAGAGGCCACAUUUAUUGUCUGAUCUUCAUGAAAUUUGGUCAGAACAUUUGUCCCAUUGAUACCUCGACUGAGUUCGAUGCUGGGUCAAAAACUAGGUCACUAGGUAAGAAAAAAAGAAAAACCUUGUGAACACUGUAGAAGUCACAUUUGAUGCCCAAUCUUCAUGUAACUUUGUCAAAAUGUUUGUCUAAAUGAUAUGUUGGUUGAGUUGAAAAAUGGUUCCGGUCCGUUGAAAAACAUGGCCGCCAGGGGGCGGGGCAGUAUUCCUUAUAUGGCUAUAGAGAAACCUUGUGAACACUCUAAAAAGUCACAAUUUUUGCCCAAUCAUCAUGAAACUUGGUCAAAACAUUGGUUUCAUUGAUAUCUCAGACGAGUUCGAAAAUGGUCCAGAUAGGUGAAAAAACACUCUAGAGGCCACAUUUAUUGUCCUAUCUUUAUGAAACUUGGUCAGAAGAUUCACCCCAAUAAUAUCUUGGACGAGUUCAAAAAUGAUGCUGGGGGCAUUUUUCCUUAUAUGGCUAUAGUAAAACCUUUUAAAUACUCUAGAGGCCACAUUUAUUUUCCGAUCUUCAUGAAACUUGGUCAGAAGAUUUUGUCCUAAUGAUAUCUUGGAUGAGUUCGAAAAUGGUUACGGUUGCUUAAAAAACAUGGCCACCAGGGGGCGGGGCAUUUUUCCUAAUAUGGAUAUAUAUCGUGCUUUAGUGAAACUUUGUUAACACUCUAGAGGCCACAUUUAUUGUCCAAUCAUCAUGAAACUUGGUCAGAUGAUUUGUCCCAAUGAUAUCUUGGAUGAGUUCGAAAAUGGUUCCGGUUGGUGGGAAAACAUGGCCGCCAAGGGGGCGUGGCAUUUUUCCUUAUAUAGCUAUAGUUAAACCUUGUUAACACUCUAGAAGCCAUAUUUAUUGUACGAUCAUCAUGAAACUUUGUCAGAAGAUUUGUCCCAAUGAUAUUUUGGACAAGUUAGAAAGUGGUUCCAGUUUCUUGAAAAACAUGGCCACCAGAGGGCGGGGCAUUUUUUCCUUAUAAGGACUUAUGAAUCUUCAUGAAACUUUGUCAGUAUAUUUGUUUUAAUGAUAUCUUGGAUGUGUAUGGAAAUGGUUCUGGUCUGUUGAAAAACGUGGCUGCCAGGGUGUUCACUAGUCAUGAAAGUUGGUAAGAACAUUUUGUUCUAAUGACAUCUUGGGCUGCACAGAACAGGUUAGUUCCUUUGAAUCUCAGGUGAGCGACUUUGGGCCUUUCAGGCCCUCUUGUUUUAAAGUGUAAAAAUUCAUUUUAAAUGUGGCGGAUUUAGACAAUGCUCCAGUGAAAGGUGUUAGAGAUGCAAGCACAUUAAAGUCCACCAAAUAUAUUUCAUGAACGAUUAUUACUUUAAAUCCAACUCUUUGUAUUGGAUGGUUUCCAAGUGUUUAAUAUUUAUGCUAUUAAAAAAUGGAACACGUCACUAGUUUUAAUAGUAUUAUCGUUCUGAUGCUUGAAAGUUACAUUCUUGUUUUGAAAUGAAAGGGUCAUUUAGUAGUGACGCUGCUACUCGCCCUGAAAAGUAACCAAAUACUUACUCAUGCCAUAAAAUGAUUUUUUUCAAUACUCGGAAUAAUGCAUUAAGUACUGUGAAGCUUGACUUCAGUGGAUAACAUGAUUAUAAUAAAACUAGUUUGUGAAAAUAAUUACAUUUAUCUACUGAACAAGUACUAUUACACUCAUGUUGUCUUCAGACAUGCCCAUAAAUAUUGCUUUAUUUGUGAAAAAUAACAAUCUAUUUUGUAUCUUUGUUGCAAGCAAGAGUUUACUGCUGUGCUUGAUUCUGGCUACAGAUCUGUGUGGUGUGGUGUUGUAGAUUGAUACACAGGCCAUACUGACAGGGUGGUGACGAAGUGUUUGAUGUUUAGCUGUUACACGUUCAGUUUUUAGCUCACUUGAGCACAAUGUGCUCAUGGUGAGCUUUUGUGAUCGCUUUUUGUCCGUCGUGCGUCAUCCGUCGUCAACAUUUUGCCUUGUGAACACUCUAGAGGCCACAUUUAUUGUCUAAUCUUUAUGAAAUUUGGUCAGAACAUUUGUCCCAUUGAUACCUCGACUGAGUUUGAAACUGGGUCAUGCUGGAUCAAAAACUAGGUAAAAAAAAAGGAAACCUUGUGAACACUGUAGAAGUCACAUUUGAUGCCCAAUCUUCAUGUAACUUUGUCAAAAUGUUUGUCUAAAUGAUAUGUUGGUUGAGUUAAAAAAUGGUUCCGGUCUGUUGAAAAACAUGGCCGCCAGGGGGCCGGGCAGUAUUCCUUAUAUGGCUAUAGAGAAACCUUGUGAACACUCUAGAAGUCACAAUUUUUGUCCAAUCAUCAUGAAACUUGGUUUAAACAUUAGGUUCAUUGAUAUCUCAGACGAGUUCAAAAAUGGCCCAGAUCGGUGAAAAAACAUGGCCGCCAGGGGGUGGGGCAGUUUUCCUUAUAUGGCUUAAGUAAAACCUUGUUAACACUCUAGAGGCCACAUUUAUUGUCCAAUCUUCAUGAAAUUUGGUCGGAAGAUUGGUCUCAAUUAUAUCUUGGAUGAGUUUGAAAAUGGUUAUGUUUGCUUGAAAAACAUGGCUGCCAAGGGGCGGGGCAUUUUUCCUUAUAUGGCUAUAUAUGGCUAUAUUAAAACCCUGUGAACACUCUAGAGGCCACAUUUAUUGUCCAAUCUUCAUGAAAUUUGGUCAGAAGAUUGGUCUCAAUGAUAUCUUGAAUGAGUUUGAAAAACAUGGCUGCCAAGGGGCGGGGCAUUUUUCCUUAUAUGGCUAUAGUAAAAUCUUGUUAAUACUCUAGAGGCCACAUUUAUUGUCCGAUCUUCAUGAAACUUGGUCAGAAGAUUCACCCCAAUAAUAUCUUGGACACGUUCAAAAAUGAUGCUGGUUGGUUGAAAAACAUGGCUGCCAGGGGGGCAGGGCAUUUUUCCUUAUAUGGCGUUAGUAAAACCUUGUUAACACUCUAGAGGCCACAUUUAUUUUCUGAUCUUCAUGAAACUUGGUCAGAAGAUUUGUCCUAAUGAUAUUUUGGAUGAGUUCGAAAAUGGUUUCGGUUGCUUAAAAAACAUGGCCACCAGGGGGCGGGGCAUUUUUCCUAAUAUGGCUGUAUAUCAUGCUUUAGUAAACCCUUGUUAACACUCUAGAGGCCACAUUUAUUGUCCGAUCAUCAUGAAACUUGGUCAGAUGAUCUGUCCCAAUGAUAUCUUGGAUGAGUUCGAAAAUGGUUCUGGUUGGUUGAAAAACAUUGCCGCCAAGGGGUCGUGGCAUUUUCAUUAUAUAGCUAUAGUUAAACCUUGUUAACACUCCAGAAGCCAUAUUUAUUGUACGAUCAUCAUGAAACUUUGUCAGAAGAUUUGUCCCAAUGAUAUUUUGGACAAGUUCGAAAGUGGUUCCAGUUGCUUGAAAAACAUGGCCACCAGUGGGCGGGGCAUUUUUCCUUAUAAGGACUUAUGAAUCUUCAUGAAACUUUGUCAGUAUAUUUGUUUAAAUUAUAUCUUGGAUGUGUAUGAAAAUGGUUCUGGUCUGUUGAAAAACGUGGCUGCCAGGGUGUUCACUAGUCAUGAAGUUGGUAAGAACAUAUUGUUCUAAUGACAUCUUGGGCUGCACAGAACAGGUCAGUUCCGUUGAAUCUCAGGUGAGCAACUUUGGGCCUUUCAGGCCCUCUUGUUUAAUCAUGUUAGAUAUUGUAUGCAAUGGUAUGUUAUUGCUAAUGCUUCAUGUUUGUACAACUAAGUUUAAUAUAUUGUGGAAAACUAUUUUGUUUUCUUUGGCAAACACAUUCAGUUGAAAUUUAAACAUUUGUAACAAAAUAAAACAGUUGAAAACAUGA